UUCAAAAACCCCCUCAUCCUCCUGCUGCUGGCCUCAGCUCUGGUGAGCGUCGUCACCAAGGAGUACGAGGACGCCGCCAGCAUCACCAUGGCCGUGCUCAUCGUGGUCACCGUGGCCUUCAUCCAGGAAUAUCGCUCAGAAAAGUCCCUGGAGGAGCUCAACAAGCUGGUGCCCCCCGAGUGCAACUGCCUAAGGGAAGGAAAACUGCAGCACCUUCUAGCACGAGAGCUGGUGCCUGGAGAUAUCAUCUACCUGUCUGUGGGUGACAGGGUUCCUGCAGACCUCAGGCUCAUCGAGGUUACAGAUCUGCUGGUGGAUGAAUCCAGUUUUACUGGGGAAGCUGAGCCUUGCAACAAGACUGAGGGUGUGCUGCUGGAGGCUGGGGACAUCACCACGCUGAGCAAUGUGGUUUUCAUGGGGACCCUGGUGCGAUACGGGAAGGGGAAAGGCGUGGUUAUUGGCACGGGUGAGAAUUCCCAGUUUGGCGAGGUGUUCAAGAUGAUGCAGGCUGAGGAGACUCCCAAGACACCUCUGCAGAAGAGCAUGGACAGGCUGGGGAAGCAGCUGACCCUGUUCUCCUUUGGGAUAAUUGGUUUGAUAAUGCUCAUUGGCUGGCUGCAAGGGAAGCACCUCCUCAGCAUGUUCACCAUUGGAGUCAGCCUGGCCGUGGCUGCCAUCCCCGAGGGGCUGCCCAUCGUGGUCACUGUCACCCUGGUGCUGGGAGUGCUGCGCAUGGCCAAGAAAAAGGUGAUUGUGAAGAAGCUGCCCAUAGUAGAGACCUUAGGUUGCUGCAAUGUCAUCUGCUCGGACAAGACGGGCACUCUGACGGCCAACGAGAUGACGGUGACGCGGCUCGUGACCUCGGACGGCUGCCAGGCCGAGGUCAGCGGGGUGGGCUACAAUGGAGAAGGAAAUGUUUAUCUUCUGCCGUCCAAGGAGGUCCUUAAAGAAUUUUCCAACAUCUCCAUUGGGAAACUCGUGGAGGCUGGCUGUGUAGUCAAUAAUGCUGUCAUCAGGAAAAACACUGUGAUAGGACAGCCCACAGAAGGAGCUCUCAUUGCCCUGGCAAUGAAGAUGGAAUUAGCUGACAUAAAGGACAUUUAUGUAAGAAAGAAGGAAAUUCCAUUCAGCUCCGAGCAGAAGUGGAUGGCUGUGAAAUGCACACUGAAAAAUCAGGAUCAGGAAGAUAUUUACUUUAUGAAAGGAGCAUUUGAAGAAGUUAUCCAGCACUGCACUCUGUACAACAGUGGUGGCAUCUCUCUGUCACUCACACCCCAGCAAAAAGCCCUCUACCAGCAGGAGGAGAAGAGAAUGGGCUCCUCAGGCCUUAGAGUACUUGCUUUGGCUUCAGGUCCAGAACUUGGCAAACUAACAUUCCUAGGUCUGGUGGGAAUAAUUGAUCCCCCAAGGGCUGGGGUGAGAGAAGCUGUGCAAAUCCUGUUUGAGUCUGGUGUGUCAGUGAAGAUGAUCACUGGAGAUGCCCUGGAAACAGCUGUGGCUAUAGGACAGAAUAUUGGUCUGUGCAAUGGGAAGCUGAAAGCCAUGUCUGGGGAAGAGCUGGACCAACUGGCAGAGGCAGAGCUCUCCUCCACUGUCCAAAAUGUUUCCAUUUUCUUCAGAACAAGCCCAAAGCACAAACUAAAAAUAAUAAAGGCCUUGCAGAGGGCUGGUGCUGUGGUGUCCAUGACAGGGGACGGGGUCAACGACGCCGUGGCCCUGAAAUCGGCCGAUAUCGGGAUCGCCAUGGGACGGGCGGGCACGGACGUCAGCAAGGAGGCUGCCAACAUGAUCCUCGUGGAUGAUGACUUCUCAAAAGUCAUGAAUGCAAUAGAAGAAGGAAAGGGAAUAUUUUACAACAUAAAGAAUUUUGUCCGGUUCCAGCUGAGCACGAGUAUUUCAGCUUUGAGCCUCAUUACCCUGUCAACAGUGCUCAACCUUCCCAACCCACUCAAUGCCAUGCAGAUCUUAUGGAUCAACAUCAUCAUGGACGGGCCGCCAGCACAGAGCUUGGGGGUUGAACCUGUUGACAGGGACACCAUCAAGCAGCCCCCCAGGUGCAUCACAGACACCAUCCUCAGCAAAUCCCUGAUCCUGAAAAUCUUCAUGUCAGCAAUCAUCAUCAUCAGCGGAACCCUCUUUGUCUUCUGGAAGGAGAAUCCAAAAGGGGGCAUAACUCCUCGAACCACAACGAUGACUUUCACCUGUUUUGUGUUUUUUGACCUCUUCAAUGCCCUGACAUGUCGCUCUCAGACAAAGUUGAUAUUUGAAAUCGGCUUUUUCCGAAACCGCAUGUUCUUGUAUUCCGUGCUUGGCUCAUUUUUGGGACAGCUGGCAGUUAUCUACAUCCCUCCACUACAAAAGAUCUUCCAGACAGAGAAUUUAGGAGUGGUAGACCUGCUGUUCCUCACCGGCCUGGCUUCCUCAGUGUUCGUGGUGUCCGAGCUCAUCAAACUCUGUGAAAAGCGCUGCUGCCCCCCAAAGCACGCCAGGGGAUGUCACAACUGAGACUGCUCUGAAAUGCACCUGGAACACAGCUGUGACCAUCCCAAUCCACCUCUGCUGCCCCACAAAGCACACCAAGGGAUGUCACAACUGAGACUGCUCUGAAAUGCACCCGGAACACAGCUGUGACCAUCCCAAUCCAUGGAUUUGUGACCCACACAUCCUUCCUGAAGGUACUCAAGUGCAGCUAUACCAACAGUUCUCACACCAGAGACUCUUCCACGCCCUCCACGUGAGCUGCCUGCAGAAACCUCCAGAGUGGCUCCUUUUUUAAACCAAGAGCAGGUAUAUUUUUAUAACACUGAUGUCUACUCCAGAAGGCUGAGCUAGUCCCAGACAAAAGAAGAGUUUCACACUUGUACAGAAAAUCUAUUGUGCAUAAACUGAAAUUUUAUUUAUUUAAAUCAAAAUCAUUUUUAUUAAUAAAAUCUACAUUUUAAAAUGUUACUGACAAGCAUCUGAGUGAGACUCGUGAUUUAGACACAUCCUUUAAUGUUUCACUAGAAGAGUGGAAAAGACCUGCCUUGGAGCAUUUCUUUUCCUUCCAUCUGUAGUGUUUGUGGACUCCCAGAUUUCCAGCCUUGACUCCAAGGGAAGUGUGGAGCAGGGAGCUGAAGUGCCAACCCCCAGCUGUCAGGUUUGGUACCUGUGUGCCUGACAGGACAAGAAGGGAAGGCUGAUCAGACCCAGUGCUCAGCAGAGGAUGGAUUUCAUGGGAAAGGGACUCACUUCCAAAGAGCCUGAGAAUAAAGAGGAGUCAGGAACAGAGCAGGGAUGUUGGGCUUUGCAGCUGGGCCAAAACUGCACAGAAGGGACUGAGCUGUUCAGAUCACAGCUAAGCCCACUGCUGACAAAAGCUCUCUGGACAUUUUUAGGUGCAUGAACAUGAAGCCCAGAUUUCUUAAUGAUUAAGUUCAGGUUAAAAUAAAUAUUAAGUCUUUCCCAAGCUCGUCUUUUACAUUUAAAGAACAAUUUGGAAUAAUCCCAUCUGGUGGUUGGAUCAGUGGUGUCCUAGUAAAUAAUCCUUCACUGAGACAUUUGCUAAAGUGCCAGUGUCAGUUUUCUUCCUGCCCCAGCUUAACACCCUCAAAGUGAAGAGGAAGAGUCUCAGACACAAACUUGUCAAAAAACUACAAUUUCAGAGGUCACAAUGCUAUGCUGAUAGUCACAAGAUUUAGUUCAAACAGGAUAAUAUUUUGGGUUCAUAAUCUAGAAAGAAAUAGCUUUACUAAUACUCAUUAAAAAUCAAAGAAAACCUGGCCACUGAAAUAUUUUUGGUGGAGAGUAGUUUUGUACAAAUCAGGUUUUUUAUACCCUUGCAGAUGGUUUCAGUUCUCAAAAACAAGCUUCUGCCUUGUAAUGGAAGGAGAAUGAAGUCUAGCUGUUUAUUUUAUGUUUAACUGCAGAAAUUCAACUCUCUCAUCCUGUGUGCCAUCUACAUGGGAGUGUUUAAUGGGCUUAGUCAGUGCUAAGUGAAAAAAACCUCUGAGACUCCUGGUGGGAGUUUGAGGAUGUUCAAACAAAAGCUGCUGCCACAACACUUACAGACAGCAUCAUGUACUUACUACUCCUUACAUUGUAAAAUUUAAUAUUAUUUAUAUAUAGAGAGAGAAGAAAACUAUACAAAAGUAUCAGUGCAAUUGUUCUGAUGCUUAUUUUUUUCUGUGUGUUACAAACUUGGGAGAUUGUCUGGUUUCCCUAAGCAAGUACAGCAUAAAAGGACAUUCUCCCAGCACUCUCUGUAUUGCAACAAACAGCAUGGAAAUGCCCCAAGCAUUAGUUCAGGUACUCCACAAAACACACAGCUGAGCCCUAAGACACCUGGCUGGAGUGAUUUGUUCAUGCUCUCCUUUCAAAACUAAAUUCAUGUUGUUUAUUGUUAUUUUUACAAAUGAGAUCUGUGUUAAGGCACAAGUGCAGAUUGUUCAGAAUAUUCAAAUCUGGCUCCCUAUGAAAAACAACAGGUGGGGGGAAAUCUCAUACAAGAAAACACCAAGGGAAAGAACUUUAAGGAAGGCCACAUGAGCAGAAAUUAUAGAAUAAUAUUGUUUUUCUCUAAGCUGCAAAGAAGACAAAUUCAUGCCAGGACAAAGGGGACUGGACACAAUCCUUUUCCUCAGGAGGAGAAAAACUGACAGUCAGAGACACUGAUAACCACACACUUGUUGCUGAGUUAGAAAUUGCAGCCCCUGCUAAAAAUCAGGGUUAUUUUUGACAAGUUAAUUACACAUAGUAAAUUAGCAAGGUCAAACUAAUAAUUACUGAGAGAUGGGAACUAAUUCAAGUAGAAAAAGUCCUGAGUAUAAGAGACCUGACAAAACUGGUGCUGACUGGUGAAGAGUCACAAAACAGAGCACAAACCCCAACAACUGCAUUUCAUAUUGUGGGGAUCCUUUUCCAUAAUAAUGAUUUAUUAUGUGGAAAUAAAGUGUACAGCAAUCAUCUUUAAACAUUUUACAGACAUAACCCUGAUUUCUAUUUCUUUCAUAAGGUAUCUGCAGAUUCUAUUCUCAACUAACUAUGGCUGCUUCUUACUCAACUGUUUUUACAGCCUGUUAUUUUACUCCAGUCUCAUGAGGCCACUGAAGAAUUUACCUUUUCUAGAGAAUUCUGCUGGAGGUAUUUUUAGGAUAAAUAUGGCUCUGAUGAUUCUGGUCUAAGUUUACAAAGCAACAGACAAGUUUCUGCAGAAACAGAUGAAGAGAAAUGCACUAGUAGUGUUGUUGUGUAACAUCCUACAGCUCACAUGGAAUCACCUGCUGAAAAUCUGACUGAGAAAGCUUGAAAUUUAAUGCUUUAACUGCAGCAAUGCAGAUUUAUAGCACCCUUCAUAUGGCAUCAUGUGGGCUAUUCUAUGUUCAGCACUGUAAGACAUUGUUACAGUUUGUAAGCUUUGCUGACUACUUCCAUUGCAUGCAAAUAAAUAUGUGCAGUUGAGGUAUAAGAGCUUUAAUCAGUGCCUGGAACAGCUUUUAUAAAUAUAUAACUAUGUACAUAUCAAUCCUCCAGGACAGAAAGCCACACUGUCAAUAACUUCUGCUGCUUUUAAUUCAGUGUGCAGACAUGAUCUAUGGGGAAUGAAAGCAGAUUCAUAUUCAGCUGGAGCUCAGCCAUGCCUAAUGAUUAUGUCCCCAGGUAAUUCUUCUGUCCUCCCCAAACAAAACCC